AUGCCGCUGUUUUGCAAGCCGAAUUGGCCUCGAACGCUCGCGACAUUCGUCAAACGUACUUAUGCCCGUUCGUUGUGUAAGAGAAAUCGCCAGGAAAUAAGAAACUGUAAGAAAAUCGCGAUAGAACGAGCAAAAGAGUCACACGACGAGAUAAAUAAUCGAACUGGCAACGGGUCGUCGAUCGAUGACGGACGUGAAGAAGGUACAGACUCGAUAAACUCUACAAUUACUUGUAAAUCUGUGAAGGCAGUCGUUGGCAAAUCGACUAGAGUGACGAAGAAGCAAAAGUUCGGUUACAAUAACUGGGUGCCAGGAAUGUACGGAUACUCUUGGGACAUGAUGGUCCACGUUUGGGACACUGUGCUCGUUGUAAUUAGAGUUCACGACAACGUGAGCAACAAGGAUCGUUACCUGGAUCCUGCAGCGUGGGUGCAAACCAAUCGAUGGGAGAAACACGGCGACAUGGCCGUGCAAACGACACAACGUUUGCAGGAUAAUUUAAUUAAACAGAAGACUGAGCUUUUCGAGAGCGACUUUCGACGCGACGGCAAGCCGAAAUGGCCACGGCUGUCGUCAAACUUGAGCAUCUACAUCGACGUGUGGUGUUCGUUGAAUGGAAGAUUCCAACAGAGAAUGUUUAAUCCGAAUGUUGACUUGCUGACGGUAGACUGGCAUCCAUACAAAUUGGAAGAGAUACAGCAGCACGUUUACACCUGGUCGAACGAUACCGACGUCCUUUUCGUCGCCGAUUUUCCACGCAUGCAUCUGGACAAUUACAUCUCGAAGAACUUCACCAACGUCACGCUAACUGUUCUCGAAGGUGAAGUAACGUACAGUGACGAGAGACAGAGAUACGAUAUCGUGCUUUCGAAAGGCUCAUCGAUUCCGAUAGAAACGGAGCAAUUUCAUAAAAUAACGACCACCAGCGCUUAUCCAGCUUGCUACAUGUACACCUGUAAUGAUCGAAAUGAAAAGGAGCCAGAAACGCAAGGCGCAACGCAGCCCGAAGAGUCGAGAGAAGCUUUUCCAAUCGCGAAAGAAAUUGGUUACAAGAUCGACGGUUGGAUAAGAGCGUUUCAUCACAUAGCGGACGCGUUUUUUAAUCUACUGUACGAUGUUCCCAUGGUGCGAAGAAUACAAAUUGAUAAAUAACGUAAAUUCUUGAGACUCGAGAGAUUGAUCAUGCGAUACGGAUCUUCGUUUUUAAACGAUGUUGUUCUUUUUUUUUUUUUUCUUAGAAAUUCCUUAGAUCUUUUUGAGAUAAAAUUGUGA